GCUUCACUCCAAAUUCCUUUAAAGAAUAAAUUAACCUAAUGUGGUGUGGUGUCUCUUGCUUUUAAUUUCUUCAACAAUCACUUAAUAAAAAGGGUUUUUUUCUGCUGAAGGUUUAAGCUUUGUUCUUGUGAGUCUCGCCAGCAGCCAUCAUUUAUUCUCUCACCAAACCACCCUCCAGAUCCAGGUAAGAGAUCAAAUGGCUGCCAUGGGUAUGUUGUGUUUGUCUCCACUAUCAGGUCAACAACAAGCACUUUCUUUCCCAUCAUUGCCAUCUACAUCGCCUAAACUUCAGAAUCGUCCUCUGUAUCUCACCAAUUUACCUCAUUUUCCUCAAAGGCUGAGGCCUUCCUUCGCCGGAGGGGACGGCGGAGAUGGGGUCGGGCGUGGUGGAGGUGGCGGUGGUGGAGGCGGAGGUGACGACGGAGAUUCCAAAGAUUCUUCUUUUGGGAUUUUGGGUCUCUUUCUGAACGGGUGGAGAUCAAGGGUUGCGGCUGAUCCACAAUUUCCGUUCAAGGUUUUGAUGGAGGAGCUGGUAGGUGUGAGUGCUUGUGUUUUAGGUGACAUGGCUUCAAGGCCUAAUUUUGGGUUGAAUGAACUGGACUUUGUCUUUUCAACUUUGGUUGUUGGGGCUAUUCUGAAUUUCACUCUGAUGUAUCUGUUGGCACCUACCAUGACAUCAGCAGCAUCCAGCGUACCUGGCAUAUUUGCCUCAUGCCCCAAGAGUCACAUGUUUGAGCCUGGUGCUUUUUCCCUUCUUGAUAGGUUUGGAACCUUGGUUUACAAAGGUACCAUUUUUGCUGUGGUUGGUUUUGGUGCUGGACUAGUUGGAACCACACUUUCCAAUGGGUUGAUCAGUAUGAGAAAGAAGAUGGAUCCAACCUUUGAGACCCCUAACAAGGCCCCACCUACCCUUUUGAAUGCUCUGACUUGGGCAGGGCACAUGGGGGUUAGCAGCAACCUGAGGUAUCAGACUCUGAAUGGUGUUGAGUUCAUGCUGGAGAGAGUGCUUAGCCCCUUGGCCUUCAAGUCCUCGGUGUUGGCUCUGAGGUGUGUGAACAAUGUUCUUGGGGGCAUGUCCUUUGUGGUGUUGGCAAGGCUAACUGGGGCACAGAGUGUUGGGGAGAAGAAGGAGAAUGAGAAUGAGGUUGCUUUGAUUUCUGAGAAAGAGAAGGUGGAGUCGUCGGAGAGGGAAGAGGGGUUGCAGAAUCAGUCGACAGAACCAUCAAAGUGAUGACAUAACUCACUUUGUCUUUUACCUUAACUAGAGAGAUGUUGGAGUUGGAGAAGGUAAGGUUUUUUGUUUGAUGAAAUUGCAUGUAGGAGUUUGCUAAGGUAUGUGAUGAGAGUUGCGAAAUAAGUGAAAAACAGGUAUUUUGAGGAAGGAGAUUAAGAUUUUGAGACCAGUUUAUGGCAUUUGAUGUUCUUGCAUGUUGUUGAAACUGUCACCUGAAACAACAACAAUAACAUGCCAAAGUAGUCUUGGCCAUGUAUUGGGAAUUCGGGACCCCCCUCCCUUUGAAAAACAUAAACUAGGCCAUGUAGAUUUUUAUUUCUUUUUCUUAGUGAUCAAUUAAUAGAUUUUUCUUGUCGUUUUUUUCAGUAUCCAUCCUUGUAAAAGUACCAUAGAUCUAGUUUGGGGCAUUCGCUAAAUAAAGCUAAGAGUAUUAUGAUAAA